GCAACGCUAACUGUCAUUACGGGGAUGAAAAAAAGUCGAAUUUUAUAUGUGUUUUGUGGCUCUCUCCGUGUUAAGUGCUAUAUUAAAUCUAAUAUCUAAUGACAAAGUACCAUUAAAACGAGAAAAAUGUUGCUUUAAUUCCAGCUUCUAGUUACUGUGGGACUGGACAAAACUUGAAAUAAGAAUUUAACCACGAGUUGAAGUUGUUUCAGCUAGAUUUUCUUGAGAUUUUUAGAUUUGACGGACUUUUUUGUUCGAAGGUUAGGCAGGCUUUCUUGGUUGCUCCGAAUCCGUAUUGAAGCCAAUUAGUGCAGUUUCAACCAGAACAUCUGGUCAUCAUGGACCAGGAACAGUUGUUUACAAGCGUCGAGGAGGAAUGUUUGUAUUGGAAAGAACGCUGUUUGAAGUUAACACAGGAUCGGAAUGAUGUCCAGCGGGAGUUUGAUGAUUUCACUGAAGAAUCUAGGCAAUUGGAGGCGGAACUGGAAAUGACCGUCGAGCAGCAGGAAAAAAAGAUUCGCGAUCUUAACCAGCUAGUAGCCCAAUUACGAGUCGAAUGUGAGUCAUUUAAAAGGAAAGUGACCAACAGCGAGAACGAAUCAAGCAAAAUUGAUGCCGAUUACAAGCAGCUGGUGAAAGAAAAUGAACGAUUUAAGGCUUACAUUCGAGAAUUGGAACAAAAAAAUGACGAUUUGGAACGCGCCAAUAGAGUUGCGAGCGAAAGCGUAGCGGAAUUCGAAUCGAUGCUAAAUCAAGCUUAUGAGAAGAAUGCUUUACUGGAGCUAGAAGUUGACGAAAAGGAACGCAUGCAAGUCAAAUUGCAGAGAUUAAUGGACGAAGCUCGUGAUCUUAAACAAGAGCUUAAAGUGCGACAUGUACCGAAGGGUGAAGGUGACGAAGGCGAAUCAGCUGAAGCUCCGGUUGACGAUGCUGGGACAAAAAAUAUAACAGAGAACCCUGAAAAUACUGGCGUGUCGAAAAUAAAUACCACCGCAAAUCAUUGUAUCAGUAGUAACAAAAUGGAGAGUUUAAAUAACAACCUUAGUGAGAAAAAGACGGAUCCCACAGUAGUGGCCAUAACCAAUUCCACUAGUAAACUUGACUUGGAAUCCAGCAUAGGAUCCCUCGAUAAUGUCGUUUCGCAAACUGACGAAUAUGUUUUGCUGCAAGAAAAGCUUAUCAUUGAAAGAAAUGGAAACAUCAACGCAUCGUCAGCCCUUAUCCCCGGCGUUCUGAACGCUCCGAUGGCACCCAGUGAUCGAGUUUCAACUCUCAGUAUUGUCGCCGAUCUCCUUAGACGACUCGACAACAUGGAAGCCAAAUUGAAAGCUUGGAAAAUACGGAAGCCUUCGUCCCGUGCGAAUCUAGCGAGCAGUGCAAGUCAUCGGCAUAGCAACCAUCAUCACCUUCAUCAUUCCAGUCACCAGCACAGUGGCAACCUGGCUGACAGUAACGUUUCGCUCAACUCACUCGGUACUGGUGGUGGCGGUAGAGUUACACCCGGUGUAGAUGGUUGCUGCGGGAAUGUGCAACUACAUUCGUAUCAACCCGGUACGAUAACGAUUGGAACGCAAACUCCCCAGCAACAGCAACAAACAAAAUCUGCAUCUACCGAAAUGCGAACAAACAAUUAAGCUCUCGCAUCUUUUAUCGUCAACGCGUAAGAAUUGUAUUUGUUUUAAAUUAUUUAUAAUUUAAAGGCUUACAUUUUAACAUAAGUUUCUAUAAUGUGUGUCGUGUAUAUAAUUUGUGGCCCAAUAGUAACAAUAAGAUAUGGCAAGUUAUGUCAGAUUAAAUAGGGUUAUUUCAAGUACAUGUUUUUUGAAACCGUUGAUCGAAUUCAAAAAUUAAGUUCAGGUAAGCCCUUUCCCGAUGCGUGUGUAGAAAUUUAAAAUGGGCGUAAGUACCAGAUCUAUUUUUAGGACAAGUUUUGCCUAUAUAUUUUUUGAAAAAAAGCUACUUUAGCAUGGUGAAUAAUUUUCUUUGUAGUAUUGGUGAAGAAGAGAGAUCCAGUCACCAUUCUAUUCAAUGAAUAAAUAAUCGCAAUUGCAAUAACAGAAUUUGAAUCCCCUUAAAUCUGAAUAUUUUUCCAGCAAAGAUGCAGCAAUCCAAGUCAGUAAUAUAUGCUUCAGUCUUGUUACUUAUUCAAACAUGAAAAUUGGCGGAAAAUUAACGUUGGAUUUACAGAAAAGAAGUAAAAAAAAAAACAAAUAUCCUUUUUCUUAAAACUAACAAACGGGAUACUAUCGAAGUGAGCUAAGCAAAACUGAAUAAAAAAAUACUAACAAAUGAAAAGUGUAACUUUACGCGAGAAAGAACUCGUUGAAUAAAUAUAUUUAUUAGUAUAUUUCUAACCUUUAACCGGUGCGACUUUUCCGAUCGAUUUUUCGAAAAACAUCCCUUAGUGAAAAAGCCCUCUUUAGGAGUUGUUAACUCGUUUGUGAAAAAUACGCAUUUCUUUACGAAAAUAUUAAGUAAAGAAUUCAUAUGUACCUUCGGGGUGUCAGUUCCUGGGGAUCCUUGCUAAAAUAUUAUAAGACGGAACCGAUUUUUAGCUAAUCAUGUUCAUCAAUAAUUUUCGUCGACCGAAGCUUUCCUUACUUUCUGAUAGAGUUGGAUUAUGGAAACGAGGUCCAAUUCGAUUCGCGUCAAUCGUAGAUUUAAAGCCUAGACAUAAUUGAAAACACUAUUAAUAACAAGAUAUUUAUAUCGUCAAACAGUUUUUUGUUUGUAAAUUGUAUCAAGUAGAAAUAAAA